AUGCCCGUCCAUUCAGAAAAAAUAGGCGUUCUUGCAGACGCGGAGGCACCAUUACCAGCUUUAACCCAAUACCAGACGAACUAUGAGGAUGAAAAGAUCGACUUUCUUGUUCAGCAGGAUCCCGACGCUGAUGAGGAAUAUACGCUUGCUGAGCAGCGGAAGAUUAUCCAUAAGGUUGAUAGGAGGUUACUUAUCUUAUUGGGAUUGAUGCAAGCGGUUUCAUUUUUGGAUCGGGCGAAUAUUUCCAAUGCGGAAGUUGCUGGGAUGAAAGAGGCACUUGGACUGAGUGUUGGGACUCGUUAUGUUUGUUCAUGUACCGAUUUAACCUGUACGAAGGCUGACAUUGAUUUUUACCAGUCCAUCGUUUUACUCGUCUUCUUCGCCCCUUAUGUCGUUCUUCAAUUCCCAGCUUCCAUUGCCGUUCGCAAAGUUGGGCCUCGUCUUUUCCUAUCCACAAUUGUUUUUCUUUGGGGCAUUGUGAUGAUUUGCUUCGCAUUCGCCCAGUCAUGGAAAGCCCUCAUCCCUCUCCGAAUGAUCAUCGGUGCCCUCGAGGCAGGCUGCUUCCCGAGCCAGUAUUAUCUUAUUUCAGCGUGGUACUCCCGAUAUGAUCUAUUCAAGCGAACCUCGAUUUUCUACCUCAUUGGCGUCUUUGGAUCUGCCAUCUCAGGCGUCCUGGCACUUGGAUUCUCGAAAAUGGAUGGACUGGGCAAUUAUGCUGGUUGGCGAUGGAUAUUCAUUAUGGAAGGGAUUAUCACCUGUCUGAUCGGCCUCGCCGGAUACGUGUUCAUGGUUGAUUUCCCCGAACAAGCGCACAAGGCAUGGGGAUUUCUUUCAGAGCGCGAAAGCGCAUACAUCACCCGUCGCAUCAACCGCGAUCGCCAAGACGCAGGACUAGAUAAGUUCUCAUUUUCCAAGUUCCUCAAGCCGGCCCGUGAUUUGAAGGUUUGGGGUUUCGCAUUGAUUUUCCUAUGCACAACAAUGCAAGCAUACUCAAUUGGCUAUUUCCUCCCCAUCAUUCUCGAAGAAGAAAUGGGUUUCUCCAAAGCAGCUACCCAAGGCCUCAGCACGCCCCCCUACAUCAUUGCCAUGAUCCUUAUGUUCGUCCAAGGUUGGCUGAGCGAUAAAGUCCAACUCCGGUUCCCAGUGCUAUAUUUCAAUGCCUUGAUCUCUAUAACUGGUCUCUGUCUUAUGGUCUGGACUUCCACGGCGGGUGUACAGUACUUUGGUGCUAUUCUCGUGACGAGCGGUUCUAGCGCCAAUCUGCCGACUGUGAUGGUGUUCCAGGCGAACAACAUUCGCGGAGCUUGGAAGAGAGCAUUCUGUAGUGCUAGUAUGAUUGGGCUUGGAGGAACGGGUGGAAUUGUUGGGAGUCUUGUUUUCCGGUCGCAGGAUGCACCCAAGUAUCUUCUGGGGAUUUAUGCUUGUUUGACGGCCAAUGGGAUUAUUCUCACUAUUACGACACUUUUGGUCAUUUACUUCUCCUUACAGAACAAGUGGGCUAAUAGGGGGAUGGUUGUGAUCGAGGAUUUACCCAGCUUUAGAUAUGCACUCUGA